ACAGACAGCAUCAUCGGCAAUUAAGGAUACUAUUCAGUUGGGAAUACACUACACAGUCGGUAAUCUUACAUCCAAACCGGACAGAGAUGUGCUUAUGCAAGACUUUUAUGUAGUGGAAAGCGUCUUUUUACCCAGAGAAGGAAGCAAUUUAACCCCAGCUCAUCAUUAUCCUGACUUCAGAUUUAAGACGUAUGCUCCAUUAGCAUUCCGGUACUUCAGAGAGCUUUUUGGUAUAAAACCUGAUGAUUACUUGAAUCCACUUGUAGUGAAAACAUAGGCAUAUAAAUAGUAUAAUCAAUUUUGGACAAGCCCCACUCUUUUAUGUAACCAGUGACGAUGAAUUUUCCUUAUCAAAACUGUAGCGGCCAUCUUUGUUGAGCACAACUUGGAAGCAGAACUGUGGGAACUGCCUGGUCCCCACUCAGAAAAUUGCUUCAACCCCCGGACCUUGCUGCCCAAAUUUUAUGGACUAUAUUGUCUUCAGUCUGGAGGCAUAAAUAUUCGACUUGUUGUAAUGAACAAUGUACUGCCACGGUCCAUGAAAAUGCAUUAUAAAUAUGACCUCAAGGGUUCAACAUAUAAGCGAAGAGCAUCUCGGAAAGAACGGGAGAAAUCUUCCCCCACAUACAAAGACCUGGAUUUUAUGCAAGAUAUGCCUGAAGGAAUAUAUUUUGAUCCUGAGACUUACAGUGCAUUGAUGAAAACACUACAGAGAGACUGUCGUGUACUGGAAAGUUUCAAAAUCAUGGACUACAGUUUACUACUUGGCAUUCAUGUACUUGACCAUGCAUCCAAAGAAUCCAAGGAAGGAGAGACAUCUCAGUAUUCCAUAGACAACAAGCGGCCGUCAGUGCAAAAAGUUCUGUAUUCCACGGCACUGGAGUCUAUACAAGGACCAGGAAAAGCUGUUGACACUGUUAUUAGCGAAGACACUUAUAGGAUGGGUGGCAUUCCUGCGAAAAACCACAGAGGUGAACGGGUACUUCUUUUCAUGGGCAUCAUUGACAUUCUGCAGUCUUAUAGGUUAAUAAAGAAAUUAGAACAUUCGUGGAAAGCAUUAGUUUAUGAUGGGGACACAGUGUCAGUCCACAGGCCAAGUUUCUAUGCAGGCAGGUUUCUGAAGUUUAUGAAUUCCAAGGUCUUCAAAAAGGUCCAAGCUUUAAAGUCUUCACCUUCCAAACGACGGUGCAAUUCAAUCCCGGCUUUGAAGUCUUCAUCGCAGGAGAUACUAUCUCCCAGCAAUCAAGAAUGGUCAGAAGAGAAAAACAUAAAAUUAGCAGAGGGUCAGAGCUUCACCAGUCUGGAUGAAGAAGCAUUAAAUUCAAGGCAUCGACCUGACCUUGUGCCAAGCACCCCCUUCCUUGUUUGAAGCUGCUUCCUUAGCAACAACUAUAUCCUCUUCCUCGUUAUUUGCUGAUGAUCAGUAUCACCAUGAAGAUACGAUUCGCUAUUCCAGCAGAAGGGGUUUGCCAUCAAGUUCAACAUUCACACUUGAAGACAGUGCAUACCAGACAUCUGAACAGAGUACGAUAGAGAUGGACAAUGACAAUGGCUCUAUAUUUGAUGUCUACUUA